AACACACACAAAAUAAAACAAGCAAAACCUUAAAGUUGUAAGACAAACAUGUAUUGUCAAAGAAGCUAGGUAACCAAAUACCAGCACAUAUUUUAACAGAUAACUAAUUCUCCCAGAAAAAACAAACAUAACAAAAAGGGCAGCAACAUAAUCCAACACUCUACCACAUUCUGCCUGUUUAACAGUUUUAGAAACGUGGUCCUCAACUUCUUUUACCCUUUUUUUAUAACCAAUCCCAUGUGUCUCAAUUCUUAAUCCAAAAUCCAAAAUCCAAAAUCCAAAAUCCAAAUACAAGCAGCAGCCAUCAUCAAUCAGAUAAUAAGCUUUAUAUUUUUAAUUUCUUAAGCAAAUCAUGUAUGAUGCUAGUCCUAAGGAAGCAGAUGGGAGUGUACAUUUGCAGAUAUCUGAGAUGAAGAGACUCAGCGAUGCAUAUUCGCAGAGCACGACAAUCUUUGAACCAGAAAACAACAGCAGUAAUGGCUAUAGAGGUAGCAGUGCUGAGCCCCCUGCAGUAGAUCACUCAGUUCCUGCCCCUGAGAAAAAGUUAACCCUUUUCGCUCUCCGUCUCGCUAUUCUUGAGAAGGCAGCUACUGGGUUAGGGACUUUAGGCUUUAUCUGGGCAACUGUUGUUCUUCUUGGUGGAUUUGCUAUCACUUUAGCUAAAUCAGAUUUUUGGAUUAUAACAAUCAUACUCUUGACUGAAGGAACAAGGAUUUUUAGUAGAAGCCAUGAACUCGAGUGGCAACGCCAAUCCACAUGGUCGCUUACAGGUGCUGGGAUUAACAGUUUCCGGCUACUCAAAUUAGGCUCCAAUAAAAUCUGGACAGCGCUUAAUUCAGUCUUCAGAGGGCGGAGUCAAGAUGGUAGGCAGAUAAAUGCUAGCAGAGGAGAAAGACAGCAAAAAUGGGAUAAAAGGCGUCUGCCAACUCGAAGAUGGGCUACUUCAGAUGUACCCCUUUUACCUUAUUUUUCUUGGUUGUUUUUGUCAAGGAACAUCAGCAAGAUUCUUCAAUGUCUUCAGAUUUUAGCUGCAGCUGCUUGUGUAGCUCUUUCAUUAAUGAAGCUUAUAUUGCGUAACUUUGGAGAGAUAGCAAAGGGUGAUACAGAUAAGAGGAACAGAAAAGAUGCUCUGAUGAUCUUCUAUAGCUUGGCUUUGGCUGAAGCUUCCUUAUUUUUGCUUGAAAAGAUUUACUGGGAAUUGACAGUAACAUGCAGUAAAAUACUUGAACAGGUAAAUGAAGAGUGUGAGUUUGGACCUUCAGGUAUGAUUUCAGUCAGGAGAUUCUUCUAUGAUGCGUAUUCAAGAUGUGUGGAUGGAAGUGUUUUUGAUGGGUUGAAGAUGGAUAUGGUGUCUUUUUCCAUGGAACUUCUGGCUUCAAAUUCACCAGAAGAGCAGCUUAUGGGAGCUCGAAUCCUUCGAAGCUUUGCAGGGAAUAAGAGAUUUUCUGAUGACACUCUACAGAAAAUAGGAAUCACUUCCUCAGCAGUUGAAAGAUUAGUAGAGAUGUUGAAUUGGAAGGACUGUGAAGAAGAGGAGAUCAGGCAAUCGGCAGCAGAAAUCUUGUCAAAACUAGCAGGAGAAAAACAAAAUUCCCUUCGAGUUGCAGGAAUUCCUGGUGCUUUGGAAUCGAUUUCAUCCCUUCUUUAUGUUAGCAAGACCUCAAAUUCAGCACUGGAUGAAGUUGGUGAGAAAUGUAUCAUUGCUGAUCAUGAACAUUAUGGUUUCUGGACAUUCAAUCAUCUAGGACUACUACUUCUCAAGAAGCUUGCUCGAGACCAUGAUAACUGUGGAAAAAUAGGGAAUACAAGAGGUCUGUUACCGAAAAUCAUAGACUUCACAUGUGCUAAAGAGAGACUAUUGAAGGAUGAUCAUGUCGCGGCAUCUCAAAUUCAAACAAUAAAGAGGUCCCUGCAAGUAAUAAAGAUGCUAGCGAGCACAACAGGAAGCACAGGGAAACAGCUUCGUAAAGAAAUUUCAGAGAUUGUUUUCACAUUCAACAACAUCAGAGACAUACUAAGGCAUGGAGAGAAGUAUCCUGAUCUUCAAAAGCUCGGGAUUGAAAUACUUACAAGUUUAGCAAUGGAAGAUGACGCAACAGAGAGGAUCGGAGGCACAGGAGGAAUUCUUAAGGAGUUGCUCAUUAUAUUCUUCAAAGAUGGGAUGCCUAUUUCUCAGGUACAUGUUAGAACUGCAGCUGGUGAAGCAUUAGUCAUGCUCGCAUUAGAGAGCAAGCAAAACUGUAACUGUAUCUUGAAACUAGGCGCGUUAGAGAAGCUUGUGAAAGCACUAGAAAUUCCACUUGUUCGUCUAAAUGCAGCAAGGAUUUUAAGAAAUCUAUGCACCUAUAGUCUGGACGAUUGCUUCCUCGAGUUAAGGGGAGUUUCUGCAGCAGUACCCUCAGUACUUAAGGGAAUCCUUUCAGAAGAGGACAAGCUACGUGAAGUGAUGGUUGGAUUAGCAGCAAGAGCUUUCAAGUUCAUGACUUACUCCGAAUCAAGCAUCAUGUUUGAACAAGCUGGAAUCAAAGAAACAGAAAUAGCAAACGUACUAGUACAGAUUCUGAAGAAACACACAUACCCACCUCCCAGAUUUCCUAGGAUACGCAGGUUUACCAUUGAACUUGCAAUUUGGAUGAUGAAAAACAAGGAAUCAAACGUUGGAGUUUUCAGAAAUCUAGGACUCGAAAAGGAACUGGAGAAUGUUUUAGAUACAACCUCAGAGCUAGAAAGCUUCAACAUAUUUUCAGGAACAGUGGGAUUAAACAGGUUCAAGACAUCAAUGCAGUCAUUGGUUGACACUGCACAAAACUUGCUGUCAAAUGAUUGAAACCAUGCAGAAGAUUGAUUUCACAUUAGUUUUCUUUUUGGGAUUGGAAUUGUACAGAUCAACAAUUGAUAUACUUCAUACUUAUUUAUUUGUAAAUUGUACUUCCUCCAUUUUUUUUAAUUGCACCAUCUUGGAUUUCACACUUGCCAA